AUGCCUAUACUGCGCAUGUGGUUCAAUGUUGAGACUGAGCUGAGGCAGGAUUUCCGCCUCACCAGAAGAGCAAUGCACAGCUUGCAGAGGCUUUUGCAAAGGGAGCAGGACCACGGCUGGGGUAUUGAGCUUGAAGUACUCAUAUACACCUAUUGGCUGGCACAUGGACUCUCCUAUCGAGUGGUGGCCCGUGUCUUUAAUGUACCAAAGGCUACAGUUCACCGCAUCAUCCACAGAGUGGCCCAGAGCAUAUGGGACAAUCUAAGGAGAGCAAUCUACUUCCCUCAAACAGCGGACCUGCCUGCAGUUGGUCAGGGAUUUGUCAACAUUUCAGGAACCCCUGCAUUCCACAAUGUGGUUGGAGCAAUUGAUUGCAGCCACAUAAGGAUAAAACCACCACAGCGUCACAGAUUAGACUACUUGAAUUACAAAGGCUUUUACUCUGUCAACAUGCAGGCAAUAUGUGACUCAAAUGGCAGGUUUCUGGACAUUUUUGUGGGGUAUCCGGGGUCUGUCCAUGACACACGAAUAAUGAAAAACAGCAGUUUUUAUACCACAAGACGGUAUCCCCCAACGGGCUACAUCCUUCUGGGUGAUGGUGGGUAUCCCUGUUUGGAAACUCCGAUUUGCCUCAUCACCCCAUUCAAGGAGCCAGUGCAAGGACAAGUACAGCAGCGAUUCAAUUACUAUCAGUCAAGGGGGCGCAGCAUAAUUGAAAGAGCGUUUGGCAUGAUGAAGACCAGAUGGAGGUCAACACUUUUCAAAGCUUUGGAGGUGAAGCCCACGUUUGCACCACAGGUAAUUGCUUCAUGUGCCUUUUUGCACAAUGUGUGCAUGGACAAUGGUGACACACUGGUCCCAGAUGAAGACAUUUUAAUAGAUGACGCCCAACCUCCCCGUGAAGAAAUGGCUUACAAUGAAACCUCUGGGAAUGUCAAAAGAAACAGACUGGCGGCCCUAGUUUCAGUUGGUGUGCAAGACCCAUGA